UGCAUUAGAUCGCUUGUUAAAAGGACAUUUCACAAGAAACGGAUAUUUAUACACGUAUUGCAGAAAAACGAGCGAAUUCAUCAUUUUGUUAGCGUUGUAUUAAUCCUCGUAAUCAAAAAAGUGAUUUUAUUAGACAGACGUGACAUCAUGAGCAAUUUUAGUGAUCUGCAUCAAAUAUCGGAUAUCUCCAGCAUUUCAAUGAUCUCCCAGUGCAGUGGUAAAUUAAUUGGCAGAGUAGAUUCAGCACAGAACCUGCUGGACAAUCAUUCUGGGACCAGUAAUAAGUUUGCAGCAAAUAAUGAAACAAACCCAAUCGAGAAAGCGAUGAAGUCUUUGGUACUCUGCGAAGAGAGCAUGAGUGCGCACGCAAAAGCCAAUAUUGUGUACCAGUGUGUGAAGGAAGCGCCGUUGAACCACAAAGGUGUUCUGCCCGAUAGUACAGUGAGCAAAUUGCAAACUUUGCUGUUGAUUCACGAACUUGACAAGUACAUGCACCUCCCUUCAUCGACAAAGCAUAUGCCAGAUGAGUUGGCUCUCCUGGGGAUUAUUGAUUUACCGCCAUCUGACCUAACUCCUGGUGAGAAAUUGGAUGUGAAGUGCUGUGUCGAGACGAUGCUUCGAGAGAAAAUACACGACAUAAUAUCAAGAUACGAAGCUUUAGGAGGAAACGUCAAGGAAAUGGUGAAGAGAAACGAGGGCAACGUACGCGGCAAAUUCCUCGAGUGCCACGACAUGCCAGAAGUACAGUGGAAAAAUAAAAUCACGGAGUUAAUUCUGCAGUGCGAGAGUGACCUGUCAGAAUAUGCGAGCUUGAUCGAUAGAUGGAAUAAACUGAAGUAUGCAGAUAUGAGUCAGGCGUAUUUAGAGAAGACGGGGCAUUUGCUGCUGCAGGCGCAAGUUGCCGAGUUGCAAGCGAGAAUAACAAAGCUGUCUUGUACGAUCAGAAUGUUCAAGGAGACUCCAACCACCGUCGAAGCUUUCAAAGCGCUGAAUCGUUUAGUCGAAGAGAAGUUGGAAGAAGUCACGGACGAGAUCCGUCAGAAAGAAGAUUCGAAGAAGCUUUAUGAUAGCUUGAAGAACACGAAAUAUGACCAAGUGUUGCAGACCUACUUGCAGUUUUGCAACGCAAUAAAGAAAAAGAAACACAUCUUGGAUACGCUAAAAUAGUUCUGUAAAUAUGAACGGUUGGGAGAUUUCAAUAACGAGAUAUUUGGUUCGAGAACAAUGUUGCGAGGGAGAGAAUGUAUCUCUUCAUUUAGUCCUUUCGAAUUGCCUUGUCGAAUGUCCGCGCGAGUUGUUAAGGUAUUUUUGUAUAUUGAUAAACGUAUUGAG